CCAGCCAUUGCCUGAACUGACGGUGGACAAGGAACAUUCACCGGCACAAAACUGACGCAUAAUGCAAGCAGUGGGCGCUGCGCCAAAAUGGAGAACUUAGUAAACACAACUGACAGCUAUACAGUGGCCUAUGAAUAUUACUUCGACUAUGUGGAUCCGGUCUCAUUUGAUGAAAGCGAACUUAAGGCCAACAAAUAUUCCAUUGUUAUUGCGGUCUGGGUUGGCCUUGCUGCUUUUGCUGUGCUCCUUUUUCUCUGUUUGUUCUACAUAUCCAGGACAGACCUUCCUCGAUCUAAAUAUACAUCAAGAAGAAAACAUCUGCAAAAUACAAAUGGGAACCUGGAGGACCCAGAAGAAAGAGCGACACAACUAAUUUAUGACCAGUGAAAACA